UUCUGUCCUUUUGAAGAAGUGUUUUUCCCUUCAAAAGUCUCUCGCUUUGUGAUUCUCAGUUCACUGCAUUUGCAGAGAGAGAGAGAGAGAGGUGAAAAUGGAGGUAGGGUUUCUGGGUCUGGGAAUAAUGGGGAAGGCCAUGUCAAUGAAUCUGUUGAAGCAUGGUUUCAAGGUUACUGUGUGGAACAGGACACUCUCUAAGUGUGAUGAACUGGUGGAACAUGGUGCCGAAGUGUGUAAGACUCCAGCUGCAGUGGUUAAGAAAUGCAAGUACACCAUUGCAAUGUUAUCAGAUCCUUAUGCUGCCCUUGCGGUGGUUUUGGAUAAAGAUGGUGUUCUUGAACAAAUCUCUCAAGGAAAGGGUUAUAUUGAUAUGUCAACUGUUGAUGCAGAGACUUCCCUGAAGAUCAGCGAGGCGAUUACCGCUAAGGGUGCUCAGUUCCUUGAAGCUCCUGUCUCUGGUAGCAAAAAGCCAGCUGAAGAUGGACAACUCAUCAUCCUUGCUGCUGGUGACAAGGCACUCUUCGAUGAAGCGAUGCCAGCUUUCGAUGUCUUGGGAAAGAAGUCCUUUUACCUGGGGCAGGUUGGGAAUGGGGCUAAAAUGAAGCUAGUAGUGAACAUGAUAAUGGGCAGUGUGAUGAAUGCGUUCUCUGAGGGGCUUGUGUUGGCUGACAAGAGUGGGCUUAGCCCUGAUACCCUUCUGGAUGUUCUGGACCUUGGAGCAAUGGCCAAUCCGAUGUUCAAGGGCAAAGGGGCAUCCAUGAUCAAGAGCAGCUAUCCACCUGCAUUUCCUCUGAAACAUCAGCAGAAGGACAUGAGGCUUGCUCUUGCCCUCGGCGAUGAAAACGCUGUCUCCAUGCCUGUAUCAGCAGCUGCUAAUGAGGCGUUCAAGAAGGCGAGAAGCAUGGGAUUGGGCGACCUCGACUUCUCAGCUGUGAUCGAGGCUCUGAAAUCCUCCCGACAAUGAAUCUCUUCUGCCUACACAUCCAUAAAAAGCUCAUAGUAGCUCCAGAUUUGUUCUGAAAUGGCCGAAACAGAGUGAACGAGGUUGUAGGAAGAUGAAACUUUGUUCUGUCUUCCGAAAAAAAAAAUACAUACUGAUUGGCAUUGAAUCACUCAGUUCUUAUUAUCAAAAUAUGAAAUCUUGGGCAAUAUAUAUAUA